AUGUUUUCUAGAAGGGUUGAUAAAAUUGAGAAAAAUCUAGAUUCGAAGGAAUUAGAAGAUUUGUUUCUUAGAAUAAAAUCAGUUAUAUACGAAAAAUUUGAAACAGAUCGUGUAGCUCAAUUUUUAUUUGUUAUUGCAAAGCUUUUGAAAGAAAAGGAAGCUCUAUAUAAAAAUUAUGUUAAUGAAGGGGAAACAGAAAAAAUAAUCGAGGAGGUCGAUUCAGAAAUUGAAAAUUUUACAUUAAAUGAUAGUAUAGAACCAUAUGUAAAAAUGAGAAAAUUUCUGGCUGAAGAAAAUAUGGAAUUCUUGAAACCAAAAUUAAACGAUCAAAAUAUAAUAAAUAAAUUUAAGAAGAAAGAUGGCUCGACAUUUUGUUUAUUUAUGCUAUUGCUAGAUUAUCAAACUGAUCUCUAUAAAAUUUUGGAUAAGAAUGGAUUAUUCAAAAUGGAAAGUAAUGAUAUUUACACUUUUAUUUAUAGUUGUGUCAUUAAUUUAAGUUUAUAG